AUCCUUCGCAUGAUUGCUAUCGCCGUAUAUAAGAAAGCGAUCAUCGAGGACGGCUCGAAAGCGUGGAUCAUCUCGGCGCGAGGACAGUGAGCUCAUAGACGUUGCUUCUUGUGGAUCAGCAUAUCUUUAAGAUGUUUGCGAGAGUCUCGUGGAUCAUAGUAACAAUUGCGCUUUUUGGCAUUUGUACCUAUGCUCAACAGCCACAAGCCGCAAGUCAACAAUUAGUGUCACAAGUCUGUUUGGGCUGUAUAUGCGAAGUUACAACAGGAUGUAACACCACUAUUGGCUGCCACAGUUCCGUAUGUGGACCUUUUGCUAUAACAUGGGGCUAUUGGGCUGACGCUGGCAAACCAACUCUAAACGACGAGCCGAAUACUGUUGAUGGUGCUUAUCCUCGAUGUGUCAACGAUCCUUAUUGCGCUGCUCGUGCGAUACAAGGCUACAUGGCCAAAUUUGGUCAGGACUGCACCGGGAAUGGAGUGAUCGAUUGCGAUGAUUACCUGCGUAUUCAUCGAUUGGGCGGAUACGGCUGUACGGGCCCGCUAGACAGUAAAUAUGAAAAUAAAUACAAGUUGUGUAUACAAACUUUCGCGAACCAAUAAUACAUAUCAUGUUGAAAUCUCAAUAACAAUCCAUUAAUUGUCAUUAUAUAUACAUGAAUAUUUGAUAAAAAUUUAUCUUUGUCAACUAUUUGGAAUUGUUAACUUUCCCUUAUCACACAUAUUGCAAGAAUGUCUGAUAUAAUUAAAAUCUAUGAAGAUGAUGUAUAAUAAAUAACCAGUAAUGAGUGUAUGUACAAUUCUGUAUAAAAUCGUGUCAUAUAUAAAGCGCAAAUACAUUUUUAUAAAACUGAGAUAUGCAAUAUCAUAUAGUUUUAAAUAUAUAUGCACUUAAUAUAAUUAUAUAUUUCGAUUUUCGUAAACAAUGUAUUUUAUAUCAAGAACAUCUAGUUUUAUUAAAGUUUUGUCAUUCACGUUUUAA